AGUAACAAAUAUGCCCAAGAUGCCAGAACAAGACUUGCUCAACGAGUUUCUUUCCUCGCUGACAGACCUUGUGGUGUCCCUCUGUGAUGAAAUGCCUCGUAAAGUCACGGUGUAUAUUACUGCACCACCUGGCGAUGGACUUGAAAAGAGUCGAACUUGGUUCUGUGAAUAUGUCAAGGAAAAAUAAACUGACACUUUUUU